CGGCUAGAGGCGCCCAGACUUGCCCUCCCGGUCUUGACUUCCGGCGGAAGUGACCUCCGUGGCCCGUGCCCUUUUCUUACUACAUGCGCGGGCACCUGGUACCGGUACUCGGUACUCGGGGCAGGAGUAAAGACCGGAAUGGCGGCCGCCACCCUCCUGCGCGCGACGCCCCUCUUCAGCGGUUUUGGCGCCGGCCCAGCCCCGUUACUGCAGGGUCUGUUGCGGCCGCUUAAGAUCUCGGCAUUGCCCGUAUUGUGCCGCGGCCUGGCCGUGGAGGCCAAGAAGACCUAUGUGCGCGACAAGCCCCACGUGAACGUGGGUACCAUCGGGCAUGUGGACCACGGCAAGACCACACUCACCGCGGCCAUCACGAAAAUAUUAGCCGAGGGAGGUGGGGCCAAGUUCAAGAAGUACGAGGAGAUUGACAAUGCCCCGGAGGAGCGCGCUCGAGGCAUCACCAUCAACGCGGCCCACGUGGAGUAUAGCACUGCCGCCCGUCACUAUGCCCACACUGACUGCCCCGGGCAUGCAGAUUAUGUUAAGAAUAUGAUCACGGGCACUGCCCCGCUAGAUGGCUGCAUCCUGGUGGUGGCAGCCAACGACGGCCCGAUGCCCCAGACCCGAGAGCACUUACUACUGGCUAAACAGAUUGGAGUAGAGCACGUUGUGGUAUACGUGAACAAGGCAGAUGCUGUCCAAGAUGCCGAGAUGGUGGAGCUGGUGGAGCUGGAGAUCCGGGAACUGCUCACUGAGUUUGGCUACAAAGGGGAGGAGACCCCAGUCAUUGUAGGCUCUGCCCUCUGUGCUCUCGAGCAACGUGACCCUGAACUAGGCCUGAAGUCUGUGCAGAAGUUGUUGGAUGCUGUGGACACUUACAUCCCAGUGCCCACCCGAGACCUGGAGAAGCCUUUCCUGCUCCCUGUAGAGUCAGUUUACUCUAUUCCUGGCCGGGGCACAGUGGUGACAGGCACACUAGAGCGUGGUGUGUUGAAAAAGGGAGAUGAGUGUGAAUUCCUGGGACAUAGCAAGAACAUUCGCACUGUGGUAACAGGCAUUGAGAUGUUCCACAAGAGCCUGGAGAGGGCAGAAGCAGGAGAUAAUCUUGGAGCCUUGGUUCGAGGAUUGAAGCGGGAAGACCUGAGGCGUGGCCUGGUCAUGGCUAAGCCAGGUUCCAUCCAACCCCACCAGAAGGUGGAGGCACAGGUUUAUAUCCUCAGCAAGGAGGAAGGUGGCCGUCACAAACCUUUUGUGUCCCACUUCAUGCCUGUCAUGUUCUCCCUCACUUGGGACAUGGCCUGUCGUGUCCUCUUGCCUCCAGGAAAGGAGCUGGCCAUGCCCGGGGAGGACCUGAAGCUCAGCCUAAUAUUGCGGCAGCCAAUGAUCUUAGAAAAAGGGCAGCGUUUCACCUUGCGGGACGGCAACCGCACUAUCGGCACUGGCCUCGUCACGGACACGUCGGCCAUGACAGAGGAGGACAAGAACCUCAAGUGGAGUUGAGUCUGGACCUCAGGUGGUCUGUUCAGGCUGGCCAGUGUCAUCUGCUCCUGGUGCCCCCUCCCGAGGGCACACGCUGCAGCCCGGUACAGUGCUGCUAGACCGACACUUCCCGGUGGAAGGGCCAUGGUCUGCCGGGGAGGUGGUCAAUAAACUGUUCUGUGAAU